AUGGAACAACAAGAAAAGAUUAUCAAAUUAUUGGCAGAAUUUUUUCGUCGAGAUACUAAACGUAUUCAAGGUGCAAUUUUAAUUGGAUCGUUUGGAAGAGGAGAAGGUUCACCAGCAUCCGAUAUCGACAUUGAAUUGCUUAUUAUAGAAGAUAAACUAGAUAUUGAUGAAUUUACCAAUGAUGUUAUACAACUAUUUAAUCAUACAGAAGAAUCAUUAGUUGUAAAACAUACAAUUUGGCUUGCAAAUCAACGAAAACUUGCUCUUUAUCAUGGACCACAACUUAUACUCACUGAACUUUAUCUUUAUACUCAACUAUCUCAAUUUAAUAAAUAUUUUCUUAGUUCUCGACUAACCGAUUUACGUAAAUGUAUUUUAGUUGAUCGACAAGAUUUAAUUCGUCAACAUCUCGAAUAUAUUCUUACUUUACCAUAUGAUAAUCGAAAUGAUCUAAUUCGUGAAUUAAUAACUAAUAUUUUAUUUCAAUUAGAAUCAACGUCAUCUGCUAGACGACGUAAUGAUGCAUACAAAUUCUAUUUUAUUUAUAAUAUUACUUUACAUGCACUUGUCAGACUUGUUUAUGUAUUAGAUGGUAAAAUGGAAUAUAAUUAUAAUCCUCCUCAAUCUAUUGUCAAUUCAGACUUGUCAUCGACAAUGAAUUUAGAUAAGAGUGAAUUACAUUUGAAAAAUCUUAUUAAUUUUUUCUUAGCACAACUUGAUCGAAUUAAGAACGUUGAAACAGUAUUGGUGAAAAAAGCUCGUGAUUUCUGUCAAGAUCUUUUAAAAAGAGAUUCUAUAUCGUAG